AUGGCCGCCGGUCGCUACUCCAACCUCCCACCGCCGACUCGCGAUUCCCUCGAACUCGCCUCGCUGGCCUCCUCGUCGCACCCUUCACGGCGGACUUCCGAAGAGUCUUCGGCCUCAGGCGCGCCUUCCUCGCGUAGACUGUCGUUCGAUGAUGAAGACCCUCUGUCGGAACUGAAUCCGGCUGGUCACGAUCCGAACAGACCACGGCACAAUCGCUCCUACAGCGUGUCCUCCGCCUUCGAUUUCGCGCCGAACUUGUUCCCUCUCUCUAGUACCGCGCAGGGUUAUACAGCACUGGGCGCGCCCUCCAAUCCAGCAUUAGACCCGUCGAAUGCGCUUAACGGCGGCUCAUUGGAGAAGAACAAGAGCCUUACAUACCUCAAUGGGCUGUCAUUGGUAGUUGGGCUUAUAAUAGGAAGUGGCAUCUUCUCUUCACCAUCUCAAGUCAACAAGAAUGCUGGGUCGCCAGGCGCGUCUCUCAUAGUCUGGAUCGUCGCUGGAAUACUGGCAUGGACGGGUGCCGCGAGUUACGCCGAGCUCGGAGGCGCCAUACCACUCAAUGGCGGUGCCCAAGUCUAUCUGUCUAAGAUAUUCGGAGAGUGGGCGGGAUUCCUGUUCACAUGGUGCGCAGUCGUGGUGCUGAAACCGGGCUCGGCAGCCAUUAUUGCCAUAAUUUUUGGAGAAUACCUGGUGCGCGCUGUUAUUGGCGCCGAAGCUGUGGAUGCAAGCACAUGGUUGAACAAGGGCGUGGCUUUGGUGGGACUUGUGGCUGUCACGCUACUCAACUGUGUGUCCACAAAGCUCGGCACAAGGAGUGCCGACGUCUUCAUGUUCCUGAAGUUCUUUGCACUUACAGGAGUCACAGUCAUCGGUAUCGUAGUUGCGGUGACCGGGCUUUCGUACAAGGGCGACGCGAAUGAGGACUGGAAGAAUCGCGGCUGGUUCGAUGACACGAGCGAGAACGUUAGCAACUGGGCAGUGGCACUCUACGCCGGGCUCUGGGCCUUCGACGGUUGGGACAAUGUAAACUACGUCACCGCCGAGUUCAAGAACCCGACCCGCGACCUUCCCCGCGUCAUCCACACUUCGCUCCCGCUCGUCAUACUGUGCUACAUCUUAGCCAACAUAUCCUACUUCCUCGUCCUCCCGACCUCAGUCAUCGAAUCGUCCAACACCGUCGCCGUAGCCUUCGGUUCGCAGGUCUUCGGUCCAGUCGGCUCGCUCAUACUCGCGCUAUUCGUCUCGGGGUCAUGUUUCGGCGCACUCAACGCGACGACCUUCACAUCCGGCCGCCUAGUGUACGCCGCCGGUAAAGAGGGCUAUCUCCCCGCCCUAUUCGGAAAUAUCGGUUUAGGAAAGAACCACAGAGCAAUCCGCUUGCACAGCAUGAACGCAACGCAAGGGAAGAGCAAGAUACCAAAGAAGCUAGUAGCCUGGUUCGCGGAUGCUGACGCAGGCUUCUUCUUCACGCCCAUAUCCGCCAUGAUGCUCAACGCGCUCCUCACAGCCAUUUACAUCGUCGUCGGCUCCUUCGACACUCUCGUCACCUUCUACGGCGUAGCAGGAUACGCCUUCUAUUUCCAAACCGUACUCGGCCUCAUCAUCCUACGCGUCCGCGAACCCGAUCUAGAACGGCCAUACAAGACAUGGAUAACCACACCCAUCAUCUUCUGCUGCGUCAGUCUCUUCUUGCUGAGCAGAGCCGUAUUCGCAGAGCCAUUACAGACUUUACUCGUUGUAGCCUUCAUGGUAGUAGGCCUAGUGAUUUGGUUCGCGUGGGUGGGGAGACGAAGAGGGAAAGAGCAGAACAAGUUCCGUAUGCCGGAAGAAGGCAACGAGAAGGUUGGCUGGAAGUUCUGGCAACGCUGGAGGCGAUGA